CUAAUGAAUGGAGGAAAUCAUUCAGUAGUGUCUGAAUUUGUGUUCCUGGGACUCUCCAAUUCCCGGGAGAUUCAGAUUUUUCUUUUUUGUUUUUCUUGUCUCUUCUAUGUUUCUAGUUUGACAGGAAACUUCCUCAUAGUCAUCACUGUAUCCUUUGACCGUUACUUGUACUCCCCCAUGUACUUUCUGCUGGCCAACCUUUCUGUUAUUGAUUUGAUAUUUUGCUCCGUUGCAGCACCCAAGAUGAUUUGUGAUCUUUUCAAGGAGAAGAAAGUCAUCUCUUUUGGGGGCUGUAUGGCUCAGAUCUUUCUCAACCAUGCUGUUGGGGGUACUGAGAUGGUGCUGCUCAUAGCCAUGGCCUUUGACAGAUACGUGGCCAUAUGCAAGCCUCUCCACUACUUGACCAUCAUGAGCUCACGGGUGUGCACUUUGAUACUAGUCGUUGCCUGGAUCAUCGGUCUCAUCCACUCGUUGAGCCAGUUGGUGUUUGUUGUAAACUUGCCCUUCUGUGGCCCUAAUGUGUUAGACAGCUUUUAUUGUGACCUCCCUCGAAUCAUCAAACUCGCUUGCACAGAUACCUAUAAAUUUGAGUUUAUGGUCUCUGCUAAUAGUGGCUUCAUUUCCUUAGGUGCUUUCUUCUUGCUCAUCCUCUCGUACAUCUUCCUCCUGUUCACUCUUCAGAAACACUCCUCAGGAGGUUCAUCCAAGGCACUUUCUACUCUGUCAGCUCACAUUACUGUGGUGAUUUUAUUCUUUGGUCCACUUAUAUUUUUCUACACAUCGCCAUCUCCCUCCACACAUCUGGACAAAUUUCUAGCCAUAUUUGAUGCACUUGUGACCCCUUUACUAAAUCCAGUCAUCUACACAUUCAGGAACAGAGAGAUGAAGAAUGCAAUGAAGAGAGUAUUCAGGCGGGUCGUGGCUUUUUAG